ACUGAAUCUGUUUCUUCAAUGGAAAUGAGUUUACUUCCAACACAGAAGGUCCGUUCAAAUUCUUAAGCAAACCCUUCCCAAGCCGACUCUUGCAUUUUCUUCUGUUCUUUUACUACAUAAGCUGUUUUCUUUUCUUCUUUUUUUGGUCAUUUCUGUACUCGCAGACUAAAAGUCAUCAUUGACUUUCAUACCAAAACUCUCCUCUUAUUCGAACUCCUACGGUAACAGCAAAGUUAGUUUUCGAAAGAAGAAUAAAAGAAUUGAACUCUUGGCCUUUUUUAAUUCUGGACGUUCCUCCUUAUCAUUUGCCUUAUUUACAGAAACUCAUCCGCUUUUAAUUGUUGAAGCAUACAGUUCACAAAUAUUUGAAUUGAAAGGUAAGAUUGAUCUUCUCUCUCCCCUUUUUUUAUUUCCUUUCUCUCCCGUCUUUCCUGCGUUUUUACCAUUAUGGCUCGCUCUGGUCUACAAAAGCAAGUUCUACACUUUUAUCGCCGAUGUCUUCAUGCUGCUAAACAGAAGGACCAGGCUUAUCAAGCGCAUUGGCUUGAAUUUGUGCAUACAGAAUUUCGUCGAAACCAACAAAUUCCAAGAAAUGAAUUCUUUUAUAUUGAGCAUUUACUAAGAGUUGGUCAACGCCGUUAUGAAACUUAUUCUCGGCCAGAAGUGAAGGACAUUAAUUUGACUUAAUGAAUAAUCCAUCCUGGUUUGCGUAUACCGGUCAUUCUACGAAAAUAUUAAAGAACAAAUGCCGUGAUGAAUGUCAAUUAGUUUUUGCUUAUUAAUGUUCAUUCCAUUCCCUCACAUUCUCCUAGUCCAUCUACUAUGCUCUACUUCAAGUUUUGCACAAAAAUCUUGCAUAUCCUAUCUUACCUUACUCACUGUUCUUUUUCACGAUCAAGUAUAAUUUUAUUUUUUUAGCCCAAAAAAUAACUGGGAAAUUAUAUCACAAAACAUUUCUCAAAAUUCAAACAUACGUAUUUGCAUGAUAAUUCAUUGAAAACACUCU